GAAUAUACUAAGGACACAGGUAUUAAGGAUACUAAGGACAUAGGUAUUAAGGAUACUAAGGACACAGGUAUUAAGGAUACUAAGGACAUAGGUAUUAAGGAUACUAAGGACACAGGUAUUAAGGAUACUAAGGACAUAGGUAUUAAGGAUACUAAGGACACAGGUAUUAAGGAUACUAAGGACACAGGUAUUAAGGAUACUAAGGACACAGGUAUUAAGGAUACUAAGGACACAUGUAUUAAGGAUACUAAGGACACAGGUAUUAAGGAUACUAAGGACACAGGUAUUAAGGAUACUAAGGACACAAGUAUUAAGGAUACUAAGGACACAUGUAUUAAGGAUACUAAGGACACAGGUAUUAAGGAUACUAAGGACACAGGUAUUAAGGAUACUAAGGACAUAGGUAUUAAGGAUACUAAGGACACAGGUAUUAAGGAUACUAAGGACACAGGUAUUAAGGAUACUAAGGACACAGGUAUUAAGGAUACUAAGGACACAGGUAUUAAGGAUACUAAGGACACAGGUAUUAAGGAUACUAAGGACACAGGUAUUAAGGAUACUAAGGACACAUGUAUUAAGGAUACUAAGGACACAAGUAUUAAGGAUACUAAGGACACAUGUAUUAAGGAUACUAAGGACACAGGUAUUAAGGAUACUAAGGACACAGAGACUAAGGACACAUGUAUUAAGGAUACUAAGGACACAAGUAUUAAGGAUACUAAGGACACAUGUAUUAAGGAUACUAAGGACACAUGUAUUAAGGAUACUAAGGACACAAGUAUUAAGGAUACUAAGGACACAUGUAUUAAGGAUACUAAGGACACAUGUAUUAAGGAUACUAAGGACACAAGUAUUAAGGAUACUAAGGACACAUGUAUUAAGGAUACUAAGGACACAUGUAUUAAGGAUACUAAGGACACAUGUAUUAAGGAUACUAAGGACACAAGUAUUAAGGAUACUAAGGACACAGGUAUUAAGGAUACUAAGGACACAAGUAUUAAGGAUACUAAGGACACAUGUAUUAAGGAUACUAAGGACACAGGUAUUACGGAUACUAACGACACAGGUAUUAAGGAUACUAAGGACACAGGUAUUAAGGAUACUAAGGACACAGGUAUUAAGGAUACUAAGGACACAGGUAUUAAGGAUACUAAGGACACAGGUAUUAAGGAUACUAAGGACACAGGUAUUAAGGAUACUAAGGACAUAGGUAUUAAGGAUACUAAGGACACAUGUAUUAUGGAUACUAAGGACAUAGGUAUUAAGGAUACUAAGGACACAGGUAUUAAGGAUACUAAGGACACAGGUAUUAAGGAUACUAAGGACACAGGUAUUAAGGAUACUAAGGACACAGGUAUUAAGGAUACUAAGGACACAGUAUUAAGGAUACUAAGGACACAUGUAUUAAGGAUACUAAGGACACAGGUAUUACGGAUACUAACGACACAGGAGACUAAGGACACAUGUAUUAAGGAUACUAAGGACACAAGUAUUAAGGAUACUAAGGACACAUGUAUUAAGGAUACUAAGGACACAUGUAUUAAGGAUACUAAGGACACAAGUAUUAAGGAUACUAAGGACACAUGUAUUAAGGAUACUAAGGACACAUGUAUUAAGGAUACUAAGGACACAAGUAUUAAGGAUACUAAGGACACAUGUAUUAAGGAUACUAAGGACAGAUGUAUUAAGGAUACUAAGGACACAAGUAUUAAGGAUACUAAGGACACAUGUAUUAAGGAUACUAAGGACACAAGUAUUAAGGAUACUAAGGACACAUGUAUUAAGGAUACUAAGGACACAUGUAUUAAGGAUACUAAGGACACAGGUAUUAAGGAUACUAAGGACACAUGUAUUAAGGAUACUAAGGACACAGGUAUUAAGGAUACUAAGGACACAAGUAUUAAGGAUACUAAGGACACAUGUAUUAAGGAUACUAAGGACACAUGUAUUAUGGAUACUAAGGACACAUGUAUUAAGGAUACUAAGGACACAGGUAUUAAGGAUACUAAGGACACAGGUAUUAAGGAGACUAAGGACACAGGUAUUAAGGAUACUAAGGACACAGGUAUUAAGGAUACUAAGGACACAGGUAUUAAGGAGACUAAGGACACAGGUAUUAAGUAUACUUAA